AUGGGCAACAAAAACAGUCUGCCAGGCCAUGAGUGCUUUAUGGCUGCUCUUGGAAACAACACCAAUCUCGUUACGUUCCGUGGGGAUAUAUUGCACGAAUUCCGGGCCUUGCCCUCCUACAACCUGGCCUACCCAGUGCAUCCAGCCGUGAUAACCUAUCCCGAAACCACGACCCAGAUUGCUGAGAUUGUGCGUUGUGCUGUCAAGUCAAAGUACCAUGUACAGGCGUAUAGUGGUGGACACAGCUAUGGAAAUUAUGGCAUGCAAAGCCUCGGAGGAGUCGAUGGUCACGUCGUUGUUGACAUGAAGAACUUUCAACAUUUCUCCAUGGACCCCGACACGCAUGUCGCCACUAUUGGCGCUGGUACAAACCUGGGUGAUCUCCAAGAUCGUCUUCUGCAUGCAGGUGGAAGAGCGAUGACACAUGGCUCCUGUCCCCAGGUUGGCGUCGGCGGUCAUUUCACGAUUGGUGGUCUCGGACUCAUGUCUCGGCAGUGGGGAACCGCCCUCGAUCACAUUCUAGAGGCCGAAGUGGUCCUGGCUAAUUCCAGCGUGGUGACAGCAUCGAAUACACAGAAUGAGGGCAUAUUUUGGGCUAUCAAAGGUGCAGCUGCUAGUUUCGGCAUCGUGACUCAAUUCAAGGUCCGCACUCAGCCAAUUCCUCAAGCUGCCCUUCAAUAUACAUACACAUUCAGUCAGGGAGAUGUGCUAGACAAGGUGAAGCUUUUCAUGGACUGGCAGAGUCUCAUCGCAAAGCCGAACAUUACGCGUAACUUUUCAUCACAGUUGACGGUCUUCCAAGAUGGGAUUGUGAUUGAGGGAAGCUUUUUCGGAACCAGAGAGGAAUAUCAUGAGUUUGAACUGGAAAACAACCUUCCGUUCCGAGGCAUGGGGAACGUGGCAUACAUCACCAACUGGCUAUCUUUGCUGGCCCAUACCGCCGAGGAUUACAUGAUUCAAAAGUUCGGCAGCUUGCUCACAUCUUUCUACUCCAAGUCGCUCUCCUUCACAGCGGACCAGCUGUUCAACGAGCAUGACCUAGUCACUCUAUUCACAUACUUUGAUGUCGCACCCAAGGGCACACAAGCAUGGUGGGUUAUUUUCAAUCUGGAAGGGGGAGCAACCAACGAUAUCCCCAUGAACGCCACAGCUUACGUUCACCGCGACGCCAUCAUGUGGAUGCAAUCGUAUGCGGUCGUCGGGUUUGAACCUCCCAGUUUCAUCGCUAAGAGAUUUCUCAAUCGUUUGCACCAAGUUGUUCUCGCUAACCGCCCGUCUGGUCCUCUGCGCUCUUAUCCAGGCUAUGUCGAUCCAUUCAUAAAAAAUGGCCAGAUGGCAUACUGGGGAACGAAUCUCCCCCGGCUUCAGAGUAUCAAAACGGCUGUUGAUCCUCAGGAUGUGUUCCACAACCCGCAGAGUGUGGCUAUCAAUCCUAGUACGAAUGAUUUUAUUGGUCCUCGCCAUCGUUGGUCGCUUUGA